CUAGACGACGGGCCACUUGUGUGGAUCGAUUGCGAGAUGACCGGCCUCGACUACAAGAAAGAUGUUUUGCUCGAAAUAGCUGUUGUCAUUACAAAUGGAGAUUUGAAACGUGUUCACGAAGGAAUUAGCCACGUGAUCCAAACACCAGAAGAACGCCUAGGCAAGUGCGUGUCCCCCUUGCAUACAGGGUUGACAAAAGAAUGCAUCGAGUCGACCAAAACACAUGAAUGGGUAGAAGCCGACGUUCUCAGCUAUAUACAACGAUGGGUACCGGAGAUGCGAACUGGUGUACUGGCUGGAAGCUCCGUUCAUGCAGAUAGGCGAGUUGGAAUUGAAGCGGCGUUGGUAUCCCAAAUUGGAGCGACCACCAGAGGAUUAUUACCCGGGCGGGGUCCAGCACCGGUGGGAAAAUUGAAUAGCUUCAAUGGUAUCGAGCCAAUGUAUUUCGCAAAACCGAGCCACCUCCGACCGGCAAGUAGAAGGGCAAAGGAGGCCUCUAAUACUCGUCCCUGUAGGAUAGUUUCAUCUCCUGAGAAAAGGAAUAUUCUUGCUGUUCUGAUGGAUAAGAGAUUGCAGAACUGCAAGGUAAUUUAUGCCUCUCAGAAACAUGAACGCUCUCUUACCAAGUACGCAGGGUCUGCCUACCAAUCCCCAUUUGCGGGCCAGAGCGUCACUAAUGUCACCGGACUCGUCACGGCAAAUUCCAGCUCCGGAUUUUGGCUCUCGUCCGUUAGCGCUGGCGACAACAACUCGGAUAACGCAGUCUACGUUUACAGCACCAGCAAGACCAUACUCGCUCAGGUCGCUCCAGGAGAUAUCGUGACACUCAACGCCAAGGUCGCUGAAUACAGGAGCAACAAGGACUAUAUCUAUCUCACCGAACUCACCAGUCCUACCAAUAUCACUAAACUCUCGUCCGGAAAUACCGUGACGCCGAUCGUGAUAGGGUCCAGUGGAUUGCAUCCACCAACUCAACAGUUCUCGUCUUUGGAUGUAGGGGGAGUGCUGGCAGUCCCGAAUAACGCCAGCCUCGUGUCUGUGGCCAACCCAACUCGCAAACCCGAUCAAUAUGGAUUGGAUUUCUGGGAAUCCCUCUCAGGGAAACUCGUCAAGAUCACCAGUCCGACUGCGGUCAGCUAUCCCAAUUCCUACAAGGAUUUCUGGGUGAGGGGAGAUUGGCCCGUCACUGGACUCAAUGGCAGAGGAGGAGAUGAUGGUCUGCCUGAUCUCAACCCCGAGACCGUAUCUAUUGGCUCGCCUCUCGAUGGCACGAAAAACCCAGAUGUCUGGAUGGGUUCCACCGUCUCAGAUAUCGUUGGUGUCGCAACUUAUGCUUUUGGCUUUUACCAAAUCCUCCCUCUCACCGCUCCCACUGUCAUCGCGCACAACACGACUCUCCAAGGCCCUACUACUCUCACAGUCCCUGCCGACGAUGCCAACUGCACUCUCACCUUUGGCGACUACAAUGUUGAAAACAUGACCUUCAACUCCACUCAUUUGCCCACCGUCGCCACCCACAUCAGCGACUACCUCAAGAACCCUGAUCUUGUCUUCCUUCAAGAAGUGCAGGACGAUACCGGUCCUACAGACGAUGGUGUUGUCAGCUCGAACAAGACCUUGGACACGCUCGUCAGUGCCAUCACGGCUCAUGGAGGUGCCAACUAUAGCUACACCUACAUUGCUCCCGUCAAUGACCAAGAUGGUGGUGAACCAGGAGGAAAUAUCCGCCCCGCAUUCUUGUACCGGUCUGAGAGGCUCAAAUUGGUCAAUCCAAACUAUGGCGGUUCCACAGACAAGACCGAGGCCGUCAACCAGAAUGGAGAGGUUGGACUCACAUUCAAUCCUGGUCGUAUCGACCCUGCCAAUACUGCUUGGAAUGCUACUCGCAAGCCCCUCGUCGCACUCUUUGAAAGUGUCACUUCAGGAGAAAAAUUGUUUGCUAUCAAUGUACACAUGUCUUCCAAAGGUGGCUCGAGCUCCAUCCAUGGUGAUGCCCGCCCACCCGUGAAUGGUUUCUCAAGCUCCUUUCAGGACUUUGUGGGCUCCAUCUUGGCGAUCAACUCCAAUGCUUCCAUCAUCGCAUCUGGUGACUUUAACGAAUACGGACAAACUAAUGCCGUCUACGAUUCUCUCCACGCCCAUCUCAAGGACAUUGAUGAAGCCGCGGGAAUCCCUCCUGUCGAGCGUUACACCUAUGUCUUCGACAUGAACUCGCAGCAACUCGACCACGCCUUCAUUAGCGCUAAGCUCCAGCCCGGAGCAGAGGUCGAGCACUUGCAUAUCAACAACUGGGUCAAGUACAGUGACCGUACGUCUGACCAUGACCCUUCGGUCGCCAGAGUCAAAUUGUGCAAGGCCUCAACGGGAACUCGAUGCAGUACAAAGACUUAUGGAACAUGGUGCGCAAAGGAGCUCCCAACAUUCAACAAAUUUGGAAAUUGCCUGUGA